GUUCCGUGCCAGCAUGGUGUUGUCCGAUUUCGGACAGCAAGCGCCACACCCAGCCACAUCUGAACCGUGCGCAAUCUGUAUCUGGAGCAUAAUUUUUGGAACUGCAUGUAAAGAGUCAUACUGGUAUAUCCCCGUCAAUUGUAUUCCCAACGCUUUUGGCUACAUAUUAAGAUGGCAUCCGAAAAGAAGGUUGCUGAAAACAUGCUCUGGGGAGGUCGUUUCACAGAGGGCCUCGACCCCAUCAUGGAACAAUACAACGCCUCCCUCCCCUACGACCGCAUCUUCUACGCCCAAGACAUCGCCGGCUCCAUCGCCUUCGCGCGCGCAAACUAUAACAACGGAAUCCUCACCGCCGAAGAAUUCAGCGCCAUCCAGAGAGGUCUCCAGCAAGUGAAGGAAGAGUGGGCCAACGGCACGUUCCAGGUGAAACCGAAUGAUGAGGAUAUCCACACCGCGAAUGAGCGGAGGUUGAGCGAGAUCGUGGGCAAGGAGAUUGGAGGCAAGUUGCAUACGGGGAGGAGUCGGAAUGAGCAGAUUGCGACGGAUAUGCGGUUGUGGUUGAGGGAGGAGUUGAGGAGGUUGGAGGGGUAUUUGAAGGAUCUGAUCAAGGUGGCUGUGGCGAGGGCGGAGAGGGAGAUUGAUGUUUUGAUCCCCGGCUACACUCACCUCCAGAAAGCGCAACCAGUCCGCUGGUCGCAUUGGCUGCUUUCCCAUGCCACCGGCUUUGCUGCCGAGCUCGACCGCCUGCGCGAAGUCAUCAAGCGUGUGAACCGCUCACCGCUGGGCUGCGGCGCCCUUGCCGGCAACCCCUUCAACAUCGACCGCGAAGCCAUGGCCAAGGAACUCGGCUUCGAUGGACUCCUGUACAACUCCUUGAACGCCGUCGGCGACCGCGAUUUCGUCUUCGAGACUCUCCAGUGGGGCUCCAGCUUCAUGCUCAAGAUCUCCCGCUGGGCCGAAGACCUCAUCAUCUACUCGAGCCUGGAGUUCGGCUUCGUCCGGCUCGCAGACGCCUACUCGACGGGCAGCUCCCUCAUGCCGCAGAAGAAGAACGCCGACUCGCUCGAGCUCAUCCGCGGCAAGUCGGGUCGCGCCUUUGGCCACAUGGCAGGCCUGUACUGCACCAUCAAGGGCCUGCCGACCACGUACAACAAGGAUCUGCAGGAGAGCGUCGAGCCGUUGCUCGACCACAUCAAGACGGUCGGCGACAGCAUGCUCAUCGCCACGGGCGUGCUGUCGACGCUCACCAUCUUCCCGGACAAGAUGCGCGCGGCGCUCGCGCCCGAAAUGCUCGCCACCGAGUUUGCGGAUUACCUGGUCCGGAAGGGUGUGCCGUUCCGCGAGGGCCACCACAUUUCGGGUCGCGUGGUGGCGCUGGCGGAGAAGGAGGGCGUGCCGAUGGAUCAGCUGAGUUUGGAGCAGUUGAAGAGUGUGGAUGCGAGGUUGGGGGAUGAUGUGUUGGAGUGUUUGGAUUAUGAGCGUGCGGUCGAGUUGAAGAGCGCGGUGGGCGGGACGAGUAAGAGUGCGGUGAGGGAGCAGAUUGAGGUGUUGAAGGGGUUGAUUGGGUAGAGUGUACCGAAGGAAGUGUAAGAAUUCGGGCGUGUGGUGUUGAGAUAUCGGAUGUGUUAGAGCGAGGUUAUUAGAUUUCGUUACGAAUUGUAUGAUUAUCUUUUUCAUGUUCAUGCUGGGGUAUGGUCCUCUCGCCUACCUUGCGGUCAUGGAGACACUCGCUGCCAGAAGCGGAUUUGUAGACGGUUUGUUUCAAGUCCUAUACGGUGGAGAUGUUGCGCCAAUGCCGAACCAAAUCUCUCAUGGCAUUUCACAAG